CAUUUGUAGCCAUAUUAAUACAGACAGUAGCUAUCUCCGGUUAAUAAAGGGGUUAAGCUUCGUCAAACUUGCCAUUGUUGCUCAACCUUUCUGCGUGACUGAUAUUUGAUCGGGUGCGGUGAAUGAGGAAGUAGAAGUCGUUCCCGUAAAUUGCUCGGGGAUUUUUUGGAACCAGUUGUUUUUCAGCGCGCAGUGUCGGCGAAAACACUUUACCACUUUAUCGAAGUUUUCAAAGCUCGCAACUGAUUGUCGUCGGCAAGAUGUCGGUCUCUGUGACUACUGUCAAUGGACUGGUCGUCGUCACUCAAGUCUUUCAGCAGGGAGAGGAGAUGAAGAUCCCUUUGAACACCAUUCCAACACCUGCAGCACCUGCUGCAGCGAAACCGGUGGAGUCCGUUGAACCAUCGAGCCCCGUGUCCCCGAUGACGAAGCGAUUCAUCCAGGGUCAACCAAAACCACUGGGAACUGUACAGAUCCUUAUUGGGCUUGUGACCAUUGCCUUGGGCAUCAUGUUACUGUGGCAAAGACCUUUGUUCUGGGGUGCUCCACUUUGGAGUGGAUCGUUGUACGUCCUGUCCGGAACCAUCGCUGUCAUCGCACACAAAGGAACUCGGCCCUCCCUGAUCAACAGCACCAUGGCUCUCAGCACGCUCAGCUGCGUGGCUGCCGUCGCGGCGAUCGUCAUCUACACCGUGAGUCUGAUCACCGUGAGACCGCCCCCGGACGGCAGCGGGUGUGGUCAAGCCCACCGGAACUACGACUACAACUACGACAGCGACAACUACUACUGGAUGUGCCAGGAGAUGUACUGGAAGUACUGGACUGUCCUGGACGGCGUCCGCGGCCUCCUGCUCGUCCUGUCCGCGCUGGAGCUCUGCGUGGCCUUCACCAGCGUCGUGUUCGCCGGGAAGGCCAGCUGCUCCAGCUCCGUCGCCGGGCCGUCUGUUUUGGUGAUUGAGCGGCCCUCGCUAACCGCGGGAGGUAACUGCGGCAGCGACGAGGCGCUUCUGGGCGGGGACGACACCAUGGGCAACCCUCCACCCUAUGACGCCUGAGGCUCCGCCUCCCGGGACCUGGGCGCUUAGCAACGUCCACGCCGUGUGCUGAAAUAACUUCCUGCUUUCUGAUGUCUUAAGGCGGUCUCUGGAAUCUAACGAAGUCAUAUUCUCACGUCGCCGGCUUUUUUAACUUCCUGUUUUUAGUGCUAUUCCAGCGGAGCCACUAGCGGAGCAGAGUGGAGGCUUAUCCGCGCGCUUUCAAAAACCGAAACCUGUUUUUGCACUUGCUUUUUCAUGGAACUUCGGUUAUCACUGAUAUUGGCCUUCUGUAGUCGAGGAGUAAGGCUUGCACUUAAAAUGUAAACAACAUUGUCAUAUUCCAUAUUUCAGACUGCUUGCUUUUGUUUGUUUUUCCAGAAGUAUCUCCUUAACUUUUGUGUGUAAUUGCGUUUGUUGAUUAUUGUUUUCCUUCAUGUUGAUCAACCCUAAUAAAGAUUCACUUUGUCCAACUGGUUA